AACGAGCGAGCAGCAAAAGAUUGGCCGGCCCCAUUGUAUCAAUCUCUCUCUCUCUCAUUCCAUCUCACAGAUUUUUGUUCUUACCUAAAAAUAAUAAAUACAAAAAUUCAAAUUAUCAUCAUUGUCGAAUUUGUUUGCAAAAAUUCAAAUUAUCAUUAUUGUCAUCGUCGUCAAUUGAAUUCAAUAACAAUAUGACUGAAUAUAUUAAAGUAGCUGAAGAUGAAGGUGAAGAACCAAUCGAAAUUCCAUGUGAAACUGACAAUACAGUUCUUUUGACAACAUUAACAUCAUUGUUUCCUGGUGCCAGUGGUAUUAAAUAUCGUAAUUCCGAUUCUGGUGCUAUGCGUGGAUUACGUUUGAUUGAUGGUAGAAUACAGCCACCAGAAGAUGGUUGGACACAAGUACCACUUUAUUAUUGUUGUUUUCCGAAAGAAAAUAAACGUAAAAUUGAAGAUUCUGCCGACACAUCCAGUAGUAAAACAAAACGUAUUGAAGAAAAGAAAAAAGUUUCUGAUCUAAUCGUGUUGGGAUUACCAUGGAAAACGACCGAUAAAGAAUUGAAAGAAUAUUUCCAACAAUUUGGUGAAUUAAUCAUGGCUCAAGUGAAAAAACAUCCCAAAACCGGCGAAUCAAAAGGUUUCGGUUUCAUUCGUUUUGCUGAUUAUGAGAAUCAAGCGAAAGUUAUUUCAAAAAGACAUUUAAUCGAUGGUCGUGCUUGUGAUGUGCGUGUACCAAUGUCUAAAGAUGGUUUCAGCAAUGAUUAUCGUAGCCAGGAAACUAGCAAGAAAAUAUUCAUCGGUCGACUGACCGAAGCUAUACAAUAUGAUGAUCUGAAGGAAUAUUUUUCCAAAUAUGGUGAAAUAUCCGAUAUAUUCAUACCGAAACCAUUUCGGGGAUUUGCAUUUGUAACAUUCAGUGAACUUGAUGUAGCUCAAUCAUUAUGUGGUGAAGAUCAUAUAAUUAAGGGAAUAUCCGUACAUGUGAGUAAUGCUGUGCCCAAGUUUGAGAUGAAUUAUCAUGGCGGUGGUAGUGGCUAUAAUAAUAAACCUUAUGGCCGAGGUGCUGGUUAUAGUGCAGGAUAUUCAAAUUCUUAUGUAACACAUGCCCAUCAUCAUCAUGGUGGUUAUCAUACACAAAGCCAUCUGGAUAGUCCACCAAUACAUAGUCCACCUGGUAGUGGAUCAGUUGCCGGAAGUGGUGCCGGUGCUCCACCACCAGGUAGCUAUUCAAGUUCACCAUAUGAUUAUUAUUCACGUAGCGGUUCAACACGUUCAAAUCAUAGUUAUCAUGAUGCAGGAAACCCUUAUAAUAAUAAUCGUUAUUCACAACAACAAUAUAAUUCAUCCGAUUAUCCACCAUAUUAUUAAUACAUAAUAAGCUAAUUCUAUUUGACCUUUUUUUUAAUUAUUUAUGAAUACAAACAAAAUAGAAAGUAUGUGCAGCGAAAAAAAAAAUAUAAUUCUAAUCUAAUAAUAAUCUUGAUUUUGAUUAAGACUUAAAUAUCCAAUUACACACAUGAAUUUUAACAAUUAUUAAUUCAGUUAUGACAGAAUAUUCCAUCCAUCCAGGUUAUUAUCAGCCAACAUUAACAAAAAAAAAAUUAUUUUUCAUGUUUGUUUGUCUUGUGUAUCGAUGAUGAUGAUGAUGAUGAUGAGAUUUGUUUGUGUCAAAAUUCAGAUGAAAGUUUGUUGUGUCUGACUUCUUUGACAGGUUUUUUUUUUUUUUUUUUUUUUUUUUGGUUUUUGAAUAUUACACACAAAUUAUACACAUCAUUUUGAUUGAUUUAUUUUACCUAAUGAUUAAUCGAAAUUACCGUUUUUUUUACUAUCAGAAUGAUGCCAUAUAUAUAUUUUUUUCAUAAAAUACAACCACCACCACACACACAC